AUGCCUGCUGUCUCACGGAAGCGAAAAUCUCGUGCUCGUUCCGGAUCAAAGCCAUACGAGCGGCGAGCUACUGUCACUGUGCAUUCUUCCAGUCCUGAACUGUCCGAUGACGGUAAUGAAUGCCCUCCCUCACCAAUCUUAGAUAUGGCGGACAAACCUGGAUUUCCUACAUACACUCAAUACAAACGCAUAGAGACGGCAUACCUGCAGUCACUGUCCCCGCGGAAGCGUGACAAGGCCCUCAUAUCUCAGUGCAUGUUCGACAAGAUCUGGGAUGUGCUACACCUACCGGACGCAUGCUCUAUCGGGACACCACAGUUUCGUUUCUGGGUUCGCAAGAUGUUCACGCUCAGCACGUCCGACACAGAAGACGAUGGUAACGAAGCACCAGUCGUCAUCCUCCAUGAGAACAGACCGGUUGCCGUUCAGGAGCAGCUAUAUGAACUUUUUUGUUACUGCCAUCAAGAGUCCAACCACGGCGGUCGGGACAAAACCUGCACUGUUAUCCGCCAGCACUACUCGUGGGUCCCAAAAGAGCUUACUGCGCAGUUCGUCAAAGCUUGUCCGACGUGUACUUUCAAACGAAGCGGGAACCCAGAGCUUAUUGCACUAGUCCAGGGGAAUAUAUCCUCGCACGAGCUGAAGGAGGAGGAAGUUGAGGAAUCCCAAGGUUCGCUGUGUCGGUCGGGUUCCGCUGAAACAGGCUGGCAGUUUUCCGGAGGUCCACUCGAUCAAACUGGAGAUAUUGCCCGUCCCAUUGACUCCCCGUCCACUCCUUCGCCAUCCUUGUGCUCGCGAAGCUCUAAGCUGCUCUUGCGUCCCCGACCACCCUUGCUUGAUUCAGCGCUACAAGACCUCAGUGACAUACAUUUGAAACAAAUUCGCGUCGGCUUGGACCCAUUGGGCUUGGACCUCGCGGGCCUGUGCAGUCAUCCUAAUGCAAAGCCAGGUGACUUGCCAUCUCUAGCAGAAGCCUACCAAGACAGCACGAAGGAUGACCAGUACAGGUUGACCGCUCUGUGGCCCGAAAACAUUUCAGACUCGCUCCCCCCUGAACUACAGCGUCUUCAACUGUCGAGCCCAGUACGAAUUAAUCAGAUCGAUCCUGCUUUGCUGACCAGGGAGGAGAAAACGGACAGAGAAAGAGAAGGCUGCAUGGAAGUAUCUCCCCUGCUAUCUUAUCCACCAUCGGGCUUCAGCGUGUCGUCAAACUUCGGAUUCCCGUCGUCUCCCGUGACUCCCGAGGAGCAACAGCGUCACAGCCUGUAUGAAGAUUGGACGCCUUCAAAUCUGGGGAUCAAUCCAGUGUCUUCUCGAUUGCCGUUUGACAACAUGUCAACCUACCUAACCCCAGCGUUCGACUCUACGAUGGGCAGCAGGUCAAUGACAGACUCCGAAUACCAUAUAUUGCCCAUUGCUCUUUCGCCACCAUUGUCACCCCUGACGCCAUUCAUUGGUGAUUCACCUGAGGAAGGAGUAUUCGGAGACGAACCGCUGAGAAGAAUUUGAUGAUGAUGUAGAUGAGAUCUCAAUGAUUAUGCUGCCAGAAUUAUGUACAUUGUUCAUUCCUUCAAGGAGACUGGUUCGGAUCAAUGUUGCAUGC